AUGAAUCGUCUGUUCGGCACAAAGCCCACGGGACCCAAGCCGACCCUCAACGGCGCCAUCCAGAAUGUCGACACGCGAGUCGAGUCGAUCGACGUGAAACUGGCCCAAAUCAACGCCGAGCUGUCCACAUACCAGCAAAAGCUGAGCAAGAUGCGCGACGGACCCGGCAAGCAGGCCAUCAAGCAGAAAGCCCUGAAACUGCUCCAGCGGCGCAAGAUGUACGAGUCGCAACGAGACCAACUCCAGCAACAAUCGUGGAACAUGGAACAGGCGGGGAUGAUGCAGGAUAACCUGAAGAACGUGAUGACGACGGUGGAUGCGAUGAAGACGACCAACAAGGCCCUGAAACAACAGUACGGCAAAAUCAACAUCGACAAGAUCGAGAAGAUGCAGGACGAAAUGGCCGACUUGAUGGAAAUCGGGAACGAGAUCAACGAGAGCAUCAGCCGCGCCUACGAUGUGCCGGAAGACGUGGACGAGGCCGAGCUCGAUGCCGAGCUGGAGGCCCUUGGGGAAGAUAUGAUGUUUGAGCAAGAGAUGGGCAUUGGAGAGAGUACGCCGGGCUUCUUGCAGGACGAGGUGGCGCCGCCGCAGUUUGUGGAUGAACCGCCUGAGCAGACUAAGAUCAAGGAGGCUGCCGGUGGUGUUGGUUAA